AUGUCCAAAAGAACAUCUCCCCGAAAAUCAAAUACUCCUUUGGAUUUUCUUGUUUUUUUUCAAAGGAUAGGGUUGAUUUUUUGGGUUUUAACUAGCCAGCUAUCGCUAAGGCGACGUUGCACUACCUUCAUUUCCUUCAUUCCCUCAUUCUAUCUCUCUAUAGCUUUAUUAUUGAUGUUUACAGCAGACUAA